AUGUUCAAAAAACCUGUUGCCUCGCUCAAGUCAUUCUCGCCUCUACGCUCUAGCGACAGACGUCGCCUCAGAGAUGAAAUACUUGCCAAUUUUCCUUCUUUGCGAGAGAUGCCUCCUAUUAAUGACACACCUAUCAAUGCCAUCAUCGCCCCAGAAGGCCUGCAGUCUGCAAAGUUCACCUCCUAUAUUGAAGAACCUGGGACACUCUACACUGAUGCGGAAGGGACGCCAUUGUGGUUUAAAAUUUCCGGCAACAGCAGUAACAAGAAGGAUUCUUUAAUUGUUCCUACAGUCUACAUGCUUUGGCAACUACCCAACCUGAUUCCUGCUCUUACGACAUGGAAUCCUGUUGUGGAUAAGCUUCGCAAUGGUGCCGAUCUAAUGAUCCCAGGAGUAAUAACUACCCAUGGCGUACAUGUUCCUGAUCUGGAAGAAGGCGCACUUGUCACUAUCCUUGCCCGAGGAAACAAAUAUCCGCUCGCCAUUGGAACUAUGGCUCUUUCUGGUCAAGAGAUCAUUUCUUCUAAACACAGUCAAUCGCCUAAAGGCAAGGCAGUCCAUAUUUUGCAUGUUCAUCAAGAUCAACUCUGGGCCAUGGGUAACAAACCAGAUUUCCCUGCAGACUAUGCAGAUACUUCCAAGCCUCCACUUGGUGAUGAAUAUGACGAGGACAGUGAUGAAGAUAAAGGUGAGAAGCUGGAAGAUACAAAAGAAAGCAGCGAUAGAAACCUCAACAACGUCAACGAUAAUCAUUCCGAGGGUGUGACAGAGGUUAGUUCCGGACAACUUGCAGAGCCAACAGGAGAGACCGUUUCUCUUUCAACAGAAGAAGUGGACAAUUACCUGCAUGACGCGUUGCUGCACGUACUCAAGUUUAAGAUCACAGAAAGCGUCUCCAAAGAGCUUUUGCCAAUGAAUGCCUCGACACUUUACUCUUCAUACAUCCUUCCGAACCGGGCGCGAGGAAAGGCUGCAGAGGCUGAUAUCAAAAAAUCUAGCUGGAAAAAGCUCGCCAAGUGGCUCAAGGCUGUGGAGAAACAAGAUCUCAUCAAGUGCAAAGAAAUCAAGGGCGAGAUAUUCCUCUUGGGAGUGAACUGGAACCAUCCCCAGCUAAAAGCUUUUAGAGGCCACAAAACGGUGGAACAGCAGGCUGCACAACAAGCUAAAGCGGAGGCUCAAUCUGCUCAGGCUUCAUCUGAUAUAAAAGCAUUGGAAGUAUUGGAAGCUUAUCGGCCUAACAGUACCACAGGAGACUUUUUUGAAGCAAUUGGUCGCUCAAAAGAUGGAUAUUAUGUUCCACAUGAGUUGAAAGGUUUCAUGUCAGAAUACAUCAAGGAAAAACAGUUGUCUGACCCAAAAAAUCAAAGGAUCAUUAGGCCGGACGAAAUUCUGAGAGAGGCACUCGCUAAAAAAGGGGAAGUAUUGGAUCGACUACCAAGAGAUCAGGCAAUUGACCGACUUCUCAACAACAUGGUACUCCACCAUUUUGUUGGAUACAAAGAUCAAGAGCCACGAUUUGUCAAAGGAGGAGUCAAGCCAAUCCAAAUCACACAGGAGAUCCGUACGGGACGUAAGACUGUAACAAAAGUAUCAGGUCUCGAGUAUUUCAUGAUUGACGUGGAUAUUUUCGGUCAUGAGAUCCAGGUGCUUUGUGCUAGCAGUGUUUCUAUCAAUCCACUUGUUGGUGCAUCGCCAAAGUUACAUUUGCGUGAAGUCAUGGUUCAAGGCCCACAAGUUAAGAACGUCACGGCGGUAUUGCAGGAGAAAGGCGUACCGAGCAAAUAUAUUGAGUUUCUGGACAAAACAUCCAAAAAGAAAUAA